AAAACGACGGCACUCGCCACGGUGCGGCGCUCGCGACGGUACGUCCGGCACUUCCGGCCGCAAAAGAGAAUAUGGCACGGCGACGACGAUGAUGUCGAUGUCGGGUCGGUCUGGUCGCGAGUUCACGUAGAUAUUUCGUCGGCACUCACGAUCGCGUAUCCGCGGGUCUUUCCUACCGUGGCAUGCGUGUUUGACGUGCGUUCACUCGCAACGCCGAGGGAUCGUGAUCGGCGACGGGGGCGACCUAAUUAUGAGCGGCGACGUGUUACCCUCCUGACGCUUCGCGCGACGCCAAACAGAAGUGCAUAAUGUGGAGUGCGUCUGAGGAAUCAUCAGGCACGAUGGAAGGCGGCCCUCCUGAUGCUGUGGUACACACAAAGGAGACAUGCGAGCAGAAUAAAAAUCAAUUAGAAACCCUCAAGGAAAUCAUGAUGAGGAAUCAACAGAGUUUGAAAAGGAAGGAGGAGGAGGUCCAGGAAUAUGCACAAAGAUUAUCAAAGAUUAAAUCCAGAACGAAGUUAUCACGUCGUAGUAAAGAAGGAGCUUCAUCAUCCAAAGACACAGUGCAUUCACAUAAGACUGAAUCUGCAGCAAAGGCAUCUGUAACAGAUGAUACAAUUGAUGACAUUAGUCAAGCAAAAACCCCAAAGGCAAAGUCUUCUUUACUUCAACGAAAAUUGGCGGAAAACAGGAAAGUUUUCGAGCAACGUAGCAAAGAAUUGACCGAAACGAAACGAGCAGUAGAAGAGAAAGUGGAAGCUAUCAGGCAACAAUUGGAUGAAACGGAUUUAGCAGCAGCAGAACACAAGGAUCAACUAGCUAUUACACCAAUUAGGCCUCUUGUCAUCACUUCGGAUGUGAUGGCGCCAGUUCAAAUACAAAACAUUCAAGAAAAGGAAAAAAAGAUUAUGGAACUAAAUAGCAAAAUCGUCGAGCUAGAAGCUACCAUUCUGGAUCUUCGAGAAAAUUUAAAAGAGAAGGAUUCUGUUAUUGAUUCCAAAACGAAAGCGGUUACUCUUAUGUCCGCAGAUUUUUCCAAGAAGGGUAAAACGACGUUAGAUACUCUCGAAGAUACGAAAGACGAAAUGCGAACGAUGCAAGAAAAUUUUAUCUUGAUCGAAACGUCUCUGAAAAACAAAAAUACCAGUUUGUUGGGACAACUAGAGGAAAGAAAUAACAGGAUAUCAGAAUUGGAGCAUACAGUUAAUAGGAUUGAAGAGCAACUCAAAGAACGUAAAAUAGCCGAAUCUGCAAGUGCGGAUUUCUCACGUUCCACUAUGGAUACUUUAGCGGAGACUAAAGACGUGAUGAAAUCAAUGCAGGAAAAUUUUGUUCUCGUUGAAUCAUCAUUGAAAUUGAAGAACGACAAUCUUCUUCAGCAAUUGGGGCAGUAUGAAAUAAAAUUAGCGGAAGCCAAAGAAAGGAUAUUUCAAUUAGAAUCUGGUGCCGGUAUAGUGACAACGCCAGCAGUUGAGGAUUUACAGUUUAGGAUAGAGAAAUUGGAGCAGAAUAAUCGACAACUUCUGGAUGAGAAAUAUGAAUUGCAGAAAAAUAAUACCGAAUUGCAGGAUAAGAUUAUUGCCAGUAAAUUAGUUGACGGUAAUGAUGCAAUUGUCGAGAAAGACAACAGAAUUGCAGAACUCGAGAAUUUGAUAGAAGAACUUAAACAAUCAAAUAAAUUGCUUGAAGAAGAGUCGAAGACUGAGUUGCAAAAACAAUUAGCUGAAUUGUCAUCCAAAAACGAAGAGCAUUCCAACAAAAUUACCGAUCUUGAGAAGCAAAUGCAUGAACUCGAAGCGGAGAAGAACGAUAUCGCAGCGAGAUUGUCAGCUGAACAAGCGGUAUCCAAAGAAGAUAUGGUAAUAAAAUUGACAAAGGAAUUGGAAGAUUUAAAUAAAAGUAUGAUCAAAUUAAAGGCCCAACACAGAAGCAAAGUGAAAAAUUUACAGAAACAAUUGGAAAACUUCAAAAUGGUGUCCGAUACGAAUGCAGAACUCGUUAGAUUGGGCAAUCAAGUGGCAUUAUUGGAGGAGGAGAAAGGUAACCUUCAGCUGAGUCUGGUAGACUUUGACGAGCUUAAAGCCUCAGCAGGAGAUUGGCAGGAACGUGUUGCUGACUUGGAAAGUAAGGUUUCAUCUCAGACAAAAGAAAUACAGAUGCAUAUUGAUGCAAUCGCCAUCUUAGAGAACCAAAAGUUAGAUCUUACACAAGAACUUCACACGGUAAAGCAGGAAGUUUUGGCUCUGGAAGCUGAGAACGCAGAAUCCGAGAAUCUCAGAGUAACGGCCGAGAUGAAGGUUGUUGAGUUAGAAGAACAAUUGGAAACAGCACACAAAGAACAGAGUGAGAAUAAACUUGAAAUUGAACACCACGAGCUCCUAAAGAAACUUGACGCUUUGACGCAGGAAAAUUCAGAAUUAUACAACAAGUUAAACAAAAUGGAGGAGAAAGGUACUUCGGAUACUGGUUCGACGGAAUCUUUCGAAGCUAUUCAAAUGAACGAUAGAAAUGAUCUGUUGAAAAAAAUUGAGGAUUUGGAGCAAAAGAAUAAUGAAUUAAUGCUUAAAUUAUCGAAGUUGGAAGAAAAGGAUGGUUCACAUGCCGGUUCCACGGAAUCUUUCGAAACGAUAAAUGAUACAGAUCGCAGCGAGUUAAUAAAGAAGAUUGAACAAUUAACGCAGGAGAACAGCGAUUUAACCAUGAAGUUGAGUAGGAUCGAAGAGAAGGGAUCGUCUGACACGGGUUCUACGGAAUCUUUUGAGCGUAUCCCGGAACACAAUGAUAGCCCGACGAAGAUCGAACUACUUACUCAAGAGAAUAACGAGCUUGUUAUCAAAUUAACAAAGCUGGAAGAGCGAUUGAGUCAAAGCAGCGCUCAAUUGGACAUCUCUAAGAUCGAUCAUAGUUUAGAGACACUUAAAGAUGAUAGUAGCUUGUUGAGAUUGCAGAUUGAGACGCUCACUCAAGAAAAUGAUAAUUUGUUGGGAGAGAUUUCUCAACUUAAAUCGCAGAUAGAGGAUUUCACGGAGGAAACUAACAGGCUACAAGAUCGUAUAGAAAUGUUGACAGCGGAGAACACCGAGUUAGUUAUAAAUCGCACGAAAUUGGAGGAACGUCUUCAAAUGGAGUCGUCUCAUUCCUCUCAAAUGUCAAUCCAAGUGAUAGAAUCUGCUGACCAAAUUAAUGCCUUAAUAGAGAGGCAGCAGGUUCUUGAAAGAGAGCUGACUCAAUUGCGGAAAACAUCCGUUGAACACUCGGUUAAUGUAACAUCAUGCGAAACUGAUGAUGCAAAAUCCAAACUCGCGACAUUGGAGAAAGAUAAUGCACAGAUGACAACGACAAUCGCACAGCUCGAAGAGCAUAUCAACAGUCAAACAGAAAACCUAAUUAAAAUAACCAAAGAGAAAGAACAACUGGAUCUACAGCUGCAACACGUAACUUGCGAUGAUUUCUCCAGAGAAAGGUUGGAGCUUAUCGACAAAUUGGAAAAAUUGAAUCAGGAAAAGGAGAAUGUCGCCCAUGAGAGACAGGAAUUGCAGGAGCAAAUUAGCGUUCUCUUACAGAAAUCGUCCGACGAAAUUUCGGAGAUGCGAAAGACGGAGGAAGUUGUUUGUCAGGAAUCGCAAACUGCAAUUGUAGCAUCCUUAGAGAAGGAUUUGGAGAACAGCAAGAGAUUAAUUGUGGAGUAUAAAAAUCAGGUAGAAGAAAUGAACAUGAAACUGGAGAGCAUGGAUGCUGAAUUGCAGAAGAAAACCGAACAAUUACUAGAGUAUGAAGCAUCGGAGCAUGCAAAAUUGGAGAAUUUAGAACGUGAAUUGAAGGACAUGUUUGUUACAGCAGAAGAAUGGAAAUUCAAGUAUGAUGACAUGCAAGAAAAGAUGCAGACGCUGGAGCAAGGGAAAGCGUCGAUGGAGGAAGCUUUUAAGACAUUGGAGAAUGGUAACAAAGAAUUGUUAGAUGUGAUAAAAGAAAAAGAUGUGACGACUGGUACUCUACAAGAGCAUUUCCAAGGCAUCAUAGAUUCCCUCGAAACGAGAUUACAAGAUGAAAUGGCGAAUAUAAUGGCGAAAGAACAUGAAGUUGCAGAUUUGAAGGCUGAGAUCGAAAAGAAAGAUCAAGAGCUACAUACUAAGUAUGCGCAGUUGCAAAAUGGAAUGAUUACUAUAGACAGUUUACAAGAUGAAUUAAGUAACUAUUCGAUCAAGUUGAAAGAAAACGAGGCUGCUUUAUCGUCAUCGUUAGGAGAGGUUGCGAAUCUCAAUGCUAUAAUAAAAGAGAAAGAAGAGGAAGCUUAUACUCUGAAAGAUAAUAUUAGCAAAAUUACUGAAAUGUUAGAACAAUUUAAGUCUGUAGCUGAAUUUGAGGAAGUAUUGUCGAAUUUGCGAAAUAAAGAAGCAAGUUACACUGAAUUGCAGAAUAAAUAUGAAGAAGCCUUAAAAGAAAACAGUGAAUUAUCGCAAAAAAUUGAGGAUACGUCAAAGAGUAACGAAAAUAUUGAAAAUGAAUUAAUUAAGAAAAACCAGGAAAUUGAUAGUUUACUCGCGAUUAAAAAGGAUUUGGCCGCACAAAUUGAAGAAAUCAAGACCGAUAAGACUGAAGCUGAAAAGCGAAUUUGGGAACUGCAAGCGAUUUUAGACAAUCAAACUACGUAUGCUGAGAAAGUGCAAUCGGAACUGACAAACGAGUACAAGCAAAUGGAAGGACUUAAAACUAAACACAUGGAGGAUAUAGCAAUGCUUAAUCGAAGAUUGGAAGACGUUAUCGAAGAAUUAGUUGAGAAAACACAAGAAAACGAAGCUAUGAAAGCCGAAUUAGAGCAGAAGGAGUUGCUCGGUAAAAACGUCACAGACGAAACGAAGACCAUCUUGGAGAACAAAAUCGUAGACUUGGAACAGAAACUUUUAGAAUCAGAAAGUAAGCUGCAGGCGCAAUCCGAAAAGAUGAAGAAGAUUGUGGCGACGUUUAACAAAAAGAAGAUAGCAUGUCAAGAACUUGAAGCACGUGUCGCUGAAUUGGAAGAGAAAUGGACGACGGAGAAAGAUGAGAAGGAAGUUAAAAACAAGCAGAUACAAGAAGUAGAGAUUUCCAUGCGGGAAAAGGACAACAAGAUCCAUGACUUGGAGGAGAAGUUGCUGCAAGCGAAGAAUGAUACCGCGGAGGUUCUUACAAAUUCAGAAAAAUUUGAGAAGGAAUCGAUCAGUUUGAAAGAAAAGAUUGCGAUGUUAAUGGAGCACGUUGCGGAGAUGGACGAGGAAAUCGAGAAGCAGCGCGCAGAGAUAGAACGCAUUUUUCUCCAAGUGGAAACGGAGAGAACGACGAAGGAGGAGAUUGCCAAAGAAUAUGAACUCUACAAACAAACUGCGAGCAAGGAGGACGAACAGAAACAGACAGUUCUGGAUGAGGUGAAGGAGCAGGCACGAGAGUUGAGUGUGCGCAUGCAAGUAAUGGAAACCGAAUAUGUGGAACAGCUCGCUACAAUAAAGAAUCUAAAGGCGGAGAAUGGCCUUCUGUUGUCCAAACAAACGCAGAUUGACGAGAAAUUAGAAAACGCUGAGAAGAAAUCAGAAGAGCGUCGUGUGCUGAUCGAGCAGUUACAGAAAGAGAUUGCGACUAUGGCGUCUGUGGCAGUAACUACACAGGUUCCGGAGCAGAGCGAACUGAGAGAAGAUGACACUGUGAUCGCGCAGCACUGUGAUCACUCCGAGCAAUGUCAGAAUUUAGUACAAGCGUUAGAAGCGCGUCUACAAGAGCGCCAAGCGGAAAUUGAAAACUUGAAUAACGAGUUGGCCAAUUCGUACGGUAAUAUCGUGUUACUUCAUGAUGAAUCUCAGAGGUAUAACGAUAUGAUGAUACAAACUGCUCAGGAGCGCUUCAAUCGGUCGCUUAUGGAUCAAACGAAUACAUUGCAACAGGAAAUCGAUUCUUUGAAAACGGAGAAAGUUGUGAGCGAGCGGAGAGUAUCGGAGUUGGAGGCUGAGUUGGAAGGAUAUAAAUAUAAGAAUGCGGAAUGCAAAGUAGAAAUCCCUGAAGAAGUUGAAAUUUCUGUCACCGAAAAUCAGCAACAGCAGGAGCAAGAUGGUACUUCACAAUUGUUCGACUCUGCGAAACUCUUUGAAGCCGUCACUUCGGAUACGGACACUUUGGAUAAAAAGGAAAUGGAACAAUUGCAGAGUUUAUUAAACGAGAAACAGAGUCAGUGUUCCGAGCAUAUGAAAGAAAUGGAUCGCUUACUCAAUAAUGUAGAAGAAGAGAGAUUACGUGUUCGAGAAUUACAGGAUCAAUUUGAAAAUUCGCAAAGCGAAUUGAGAAAGAUAGAAAACCUUCUUUCUGAAAAGAAUGUGCAGGUGGAUUCAUUGAAUACGGAAUUGGAUAAUGUAAUCCGUCAGAUGAAUGAUCUGAAAAUGUUGCAGGAACAAUAUUAUACUGCUGAAGCAGAGUCGCAGAGAUUACAGCAAAUUGUGACUGACAAAAGCACGCAGAUAGAUUUAUUGAAUACCGUAAAUCAACAAAUGAGUUCGCAAUUGCAGCAACAUACGGAAGCAGAAGCCGGUUUACGAACCGAACUUUUGCUUAAGGAUACAGAAAUUACUGCGAUAAAGACAGAGCUAACUUCUAUGGAAGAGAUUGUAAAAGAAUUGACAAUGGAACGAGAUCAGCAAGUCGAAUCAUAUAAACUUCAGAUUAAUAAUCUGGAAACAGAAAUGAGGAGCGCUAGUAGUGACAGUGAUUUAAUACAAGAGUGGGAACAGCGUAUUUCUACGACCACUGCAGAGAGAGACUUGCUACAGCUGCAAGUAAAUGAUUUGACGCAUUCCUUGGAAGAACUGAAGGAAUCAGUACUGCGUAAUCUACAGAUUGAGUUGGAGAAUGUUAUGCGAGAAAGGAAUGAGGCUCAAGUACUUAUUGCAACUCUCACGCAAGCUUUGGACGAUUCGAAACAGAGUCUUCAGGAAUCGAAGACACACGAAGACAGCUUGAAGGAGCUUACUUCUACGGAAAAAUCGAUCAGCCAAGAAUUAGAAUCAGUUCCUAUUCUGGCUGUCGAAGAACCGAUUAGUCAACAAGAAUGUGUACAAUUAGCCCAAGCUCCUAUCGAAAAAGAAAUACAAGACAUUCAGUUGGAUGUUGGUUUGGGCUGGGACAACGGUUCUGAGAACCUCAAUGUCGAUGAGGAAUCUUGGGGUUGGAGUGCGGAAAACGUUCAAUCGGCUGUCGGUAGUCAGCAUCUGAGCACGAUGACAUUGAGCGCCGAAAUGCAAUUGCGUGCAAAAGUAGAAGAUUUGGAAAAUAAAAUCGCAGAUUUAGAAGCACAGAACGUUAGGAUCGCCGAGGAGAGCAAAGCGGCACAAGUAAAAAGCGGUAAAUUGGUAAAGAAAUUGAAAGAGUAUAAAGUACAGAUAGAGGGCUUGCAACAACAAUUAAAGACGCAGAAGCAGACUGAUAGCUUUUUUGACUUGGAUACGGCAAUUGAAGAGGAGCUGAAAGCACAAAUCGCCAGUUUGGAAAGAGCUCUUAAUGAAAUUAAGGAAGAAAAGAAAAAUAUUAUUGCUGAGAAAGAAGCUUUACUGAAACGGCUUGAUGUAGUAGUGUCGGCUAACGAGAGGUAUAUGGAAAUGAAAGAGAGACAGGAUAUGGAAGUUGAGGUAUUGCGCAUUCAGAAUAAGGAACUGAGUAACAAAGUACAAUCUUUAGAAUGGCGAUUACAGGAAAAUGUGACUGAUAUAGAAGAUACUACUUCUUCGCCACACGAAGAUCAACGUGACCCAUCAUCUUAUGAAAUUGAUAAAUCUAUCGCACAUAGUCAGCCCCAGAAGAGAUCAGCGGAAUCUAGUGAUGACAUCGACGUGAUAUCGAAGAAGUACAAGGAGGAAAUAGACGAUUUGAAGGACGAGUUAGAAGCGCUCGCAGCAGAAAACGAGCAACUGCAGCACUUUUUAGAAGAACAAAAAGCAGCGAUGGCGAAUUUGGAACCAAAAGAUAAUAAUAUCGAUGAGCUUAUGAAAAAUUUAGACGCUUUGAACAGUCAAAAUGCGCAGCUUCAAACCGCUUUAAACAAAAGCAAGGAAGAAUAUGAGAUUCUCAGGAAACAGUAUGAGCAAAGUCUGAUAGACGCGAAUGAUCAAGUGACAGCAACGCGCCAGAACAAUGAUCUCCUCAAGAUUGAAUGUGCAGAAAAGGUAAAUAGAUUAGAAACGGAGAUAGAACAUUAGAGAGCUUUGGAAGAGAAGAAAGUUUUAGAGGACAGCGCUUUGAUAAGUUCGGAAGAAAAGCUUUCGUCCGUCAAUACGUCCCUAAUGGAAGUUACGGAAUUACUUAAUGCCAGAGUCCAAGAAGUCGCUGAUCUGAAGCAAGAGCUUCAAGUUCAGUAUGUGGAAAGACAGCAGGCUGAAGCGACGCUACAAUUGGAAAUACAAAACUUGAUUAAGGAACUGGACGAGAGGAGACAGGAUCUAGGAACCUUGAAGCAAGCGUUCAGCGACAAGGAGCAUGAGCUGAUACAGCAGAGGAGUGUGCACACGGUAAAUACUAUCGUUAGUGAGGCUACUCAGGAAUUGGCCCAAAAGCACGCGAUUGAAAUCGAAGAAAAGAAUAAGGAACUACGUGAUUUAACAGAGAAGUUGUCUGUAUUACAAUUGACGGUCGACGAAUACACCUUGAAGCUGCGAGAUUGCGCCGCUAAAUUGGAGACGCAACAGCAACAAAUUGCAUAUUUGAAGGAGGAUCUGACAGAGCGCAAUUCAAUAAUAGGUACUACUCAAACUGAUAUGAAUUUGAUGAACGAAAAACUGCGGGAAAAACAACAGGAAUUGAUAGAAUACGAGGAAGAGAAGACGAAACUGGCGGCAGAAGUGGAAAAAUGCUUAACGGAUAUUCAAUGUCUGCAGAGUCGACUAAAUGCCACGGAAGCAACUACAAUUGAUUUACAAGAAUGCAAUUUACAUAUUCGUAGCUUGGAACAAGAAGUUCAAGUUCUAAAAUCGGAGAAAGAAACGAUCUUAUUGCAAUACGAUCGGGAGACGGAAAUGUAUCAGACUCAAUUAGAAAGUAACAAAGAGCAAAUUAAUGCUUUGAAACAUGAUUUGCGAGAGAAAACCGAGCAGUUGCAUUACACGAGCACACAAUUGUGCGCCAAAGAGAACGAUCUGGAAGGAAUUAGGACCAUGAUAAGUGACAAGGAUUCUUUAUUGGAGCUCACGAAUCAAGAACUAAAUGACAAACGAGCCGAACUAGAGAGAUUGCGUAACGAGCAGAGCGCCCAGAUGAUCGAUAGUCUUCCGGUGUCCAGAAUAGGUCACGACGAUGACGCGGAGUUGCAAAGCAGCACUAUAAAUGAACUGAGAGCGCAAAUGGAAGCUAAACAGCAAGAACUGGAACAUCUAAAGUAUGUUUUGAGCGAGAAUACAUAUCCCACAAUUAUCCAGCAGAUGCAAGAUAGAAUCAAUUGUCUGUAUAAUGAGAAGGCUACACUAGAAACUUCUUUGCGAGCAGCUACGGAGAGCUUGACGGAAAAGCAACAGCAAGUAAAUCUCUUGACGCAGCGCAUCAACGGGCAAAAUCAGGAGCGCAUUUCUAAGGAGGAAGUCAGUUUGCUCUCCAGAGACAGACGAAGAUCUGUGCACGAUCAGGAGGAAAUCGUUAGGCUGCAGAACGAAUUGCACGCGAGACAACAAGAGAUAAACGAAUUGAGGUACGUCAUAGCUGAGAAAGAUUCACAAUUGUCCCUCCAGGCCAGUAUGGAGCCACAAUCGGACGAUUUCGAACUGCGUGAGACCGUGCAGAGAUUAAUGGGAGAUUUGUAUGGCAAAGAGCAAGAAAUACAGAUGUUGAAGUCGACUAUCGCUGAGCUACAAGAGCAGAUUCUGCAUUAUAAAGAUUACGAGAGACUUUCUGAGGACAGCAGAAACGCGAUCGAGAGGCUAACUUCGGAGAAAGAGCAAAUUCGUAUCGACGCUGAAGAAUUUCUGUAUAGGGAAUUGCAGACGAAAGAAUCGGAGAUCGAUGAAAUAAAGCAGAGACUAUCGGAGGAGAACCAGAAGUUACUGACGGAGCUUCGGUUGAAGGACAGCGAUAUCGAGAAUUUGAAAGCGCAAUUCGAACAAUUGCAGGCAACUGCGAAUGAUCGAGACAGUAAAUUACAACAAAAAGAGACCGAGUUGAUGCAUACAAUCGACGAUCUGGCGGAGAAGGAAAGAAGAUUGGCUGAAUUGAGCAUCACCAAAGACACCGAACUUCAUAACUUGAAGGUGCAAAUUCAUGAAAAGGAAGCGCGUAUAGAUGAAUUACUGGUAUUAUCCGCGGAAGAAGAGAAACAAUUGGAUGAGUUAAGACAGACAUUGAUGACCAGCGAGACGGAAGUGAACAGGCUGAAGGAAUUGUUGGUGCAGAAGGUUUCGAAACAUGAUUUGAUACAGCACGCUUUAAAGAAAGACAUGCCCGUCAAUGAAGCUGCGCCGUCGAAGAGUUCGGAAAUCGUUCAAUCAGUCGACAAUAAGGAGACUUCCACUUCCAAUGAAUUAGAUCUUGCAUUGUAUAUGCUUCAUCAAAGAGACGUCCGAUGCGAGGAGCUGACUCAUGAACUGAUGCAGUUGCUCGAGGAGCGCGAUACGUUACAGUUGCGAUUGUCUAACGCGAUUCGGGUGAACGAAGAACUCAGGAGAGUGGGCAGCGCCGAAGCAAGCCCAAUAAAAGACUCGUCAUCGGCUUCUCAUUCGAUAAUAGAACCUGUCGUGGAACAAUCUUCGCCUUCAAAGUCCGAGGGACCAGUCGAGAUCGCGAAAGAAGCUAUCGACGUUCCAAUCGAAGACAAGGAAGCUCUUGCUCUGAAAUUGUCGCAGUUACAUUCAGUCAGCCAUGCAAAGGAUGUACGAUUGAAGGAUGAACGAGAGUUAAGGCAUACACAGCAAAUGUCGUUAUUAGCACACAGAGACGUUUUAAACACAUUACCGCCCGAAGCAGCCGCAAGAUUCGUCAACGCUAAUUACACGCUUUCUCGAGAUGUUCAGAGCCAAUCGAGUGUUCUCUUGAAUUGGUUGUGGGGCAAGAGCACACCGAAGGUGGUGCACAUGUGAUGAACGAAUAGCGGGAAUGAAAUGGCCAUCGCUUUUGCCUUCUGAACAUUCCUGCCAAGUGCCAACUGCCAAGACUUAUUCCUGCAGUUAACUAAUGUGUAGUUGGAGAGCCUGUCGUAUUUUUCAGACAGAAAUCACAUGCUGACACAGUUAUAAAGAAUAGUUUUGUGAGAGUAUUGUGAGUAGUGUGAUGAAAGAACGUCAGAAAAAAAUAUUUUUGAAAUUACGCAUACACAUGUACAAAAUGUAACUAGCGUAUUUUUUCGCAAAAAAGAAAUAGUCGCUCUCUCCUUUUCGAAAAAAGAAGAGAACAUGAGAAGCAGACUUACGUGUAUUAUAACGUUGUACAGCAGAUAGGCAUGGAAUAUAAGAUGAAACCUAAAAUAUUAGAUAAUGUUUUGCCUUUUUUUAUUCGGUGACUAAAUUAUAUAAUAAAGCAUAUGCAAUGAAACAUAUAUUACAAGAUGUUGGAAUUCAAUCAUUGUGUUAUUAAAUAUAUAUACAUGUUUAUUAAAAAGUUGCCAUUUUAUUUUGCUAGUUUAUUAAUUUAAUAAUUACAUAUUUUGUAAAUUAUUCAUGAUUGUCUUCCGGCUUGAUAUAAUUGUAAUACCGUAUUGUUGUCAUUUAUACAUCGAAGUGAAGCCGUGCAAGACAAAUCACGGAUAAUGCAAAAGUAAAUCGUGAUAAUUGUAAAUAAUUUAAUCGUUCUUUCGAUAAAAUUUUGUACAAAGAAAGAAAAGCUUCAAUAAAUAAGUAAAAUAUGAACAUAUUGAAGUAUGUUCAAUUGUAUUAUGAAUUGUAAUACAAUUCAAAUACAAAGCAAGUGUAAAA